AUGGGAUGGGACCAGAGAAAGCAGCAGGCAGGAGCAGGGCUGAUGUCGGUGCCCUUGAAUUGGUAUCGCAAGGAGCAGCAGGGCAGCCAAGGCAAGUCUUGCUCGAGGUGUCGCAGGCACAAGGUCAGCAACGAUGAGCUGUCAUCGCCUCAAGUCCCGCUCCCAGCUCGGCUGUCUCCUCGAGCUGAGCCCGAGACUCCCUGGCCCCUUCAGCUCUCCGUGCGGCUGUCGACAGACCGAGCAUCGCACGUUGCUGACCCUUCGCUGGGCCACCUGCAGCUGCUGGCGAUGAGGAUGUCUCAAGCCGGGUACUCGGGGACUUCGAUCCUGUACAUGUUCAACAGCAUGGGGAAGGAGCUCUUUCAGACCAUGAACGACGUCAUGGCCUUCCUCGUCAGCCUGCAGGCACAGGCAAAAUUAGCCUCCACAACCCCCACCCCUUCCUCCUCCCCCUCUCCCUCCCCCUCUCCUUCCCCCUCCAGCAUCAAUCACCUCCUACAUUCUGGUGCGGACUGUACAGGGCAAGCGAGCGCGAUGCUGGUGGAGGGGCGGCAGGCGGCAGGGUCGUGGACGGUCUUCUGGGAGGAUGACUACCUCAUCCGCAAGGGCCUGCAGGUCGGGCAUGGGCUCGGCCGCCUCCUCCACCGCAAUCCGGAGGAGAUCCUCUCACGCGCGGCCCGCUGCGAGUUCGAGCUUCCCUCCUCCGACCUCGAGUUCCUGUGCAUGAUCGUCGACGACCUCCUCCGCCUCUCCUUUCCCCGCAUUGUCCGCUACCAUCGCAUCUGCCGGCGCUCCACCGACGGGCGGCUGGAGGAGUCGAGCCUGGUGCGAGUGACGUCAGUGAAGCACCUGGAGCAGGAGCGUCUGAGGUCCACGUCCCACACCAUGGAGAUCCUCGACGCCGGCGACUGGGACAGGAUCCACGCGGACAGAAGCGCUUGGAUGACGUACAUGCAGCUCAAGAGCUUCCUGGGGGAGGAGCUGAGCGCUGACGAGCUGCUGCUGACGCACAAGAAGGACAUGCUUUUCUCUGAGCACUUCGCGACGUUGAACGAGACGGAAGAAGGAAGACAGAAGCUGAAGAGGAUCGCCAUGUUCAUUCGCAACAAGUUCAACCUCUCCUCUCCUCCGCCGAGCGACCAGAUCGAGACCAGUCCAGCAACCAACCAUGUAAGUGAGGACGAGGCAGUCGCGCGAGCGUUGCAGCAAGCCCUCGCCUUCUCUCCGGACUCGUACGACCAGCAGAUCGCCAUUGCCCUGCAGGAAGCAGAGAACACGAUGGGAGUUGAGCUCGCCGAGCUGCUCUCGAUGUUACGUGCCCCAAGAAGAUAUCGACCGACAAGGGUCUCCUCCUCCUCCUCUAUCAUCAUCUCCGCCAACGUCAACAUUUUCAUUAUCCCGAUGCUCCUGCUCCUGCUGCUCAUCUUCGUCAUCCCCAUCACCUCAUUCUAUGGUCAUGACAGUCUUCUCAGCAAGUUUCGCUUCUAUCUUGUUCUCCUCGUUUGCCCCUGCUUGGUACUCGGUCAGGUCGACAACUGGGUGCAUGGCGGAGGUUUCUUCGCGGGCCUCAGCUUCGGCUUCCUCGCGUUCCGGCAAAACUUCGAGUCAGAAGUGAACAAGAGGAUAGCGGAGACGUUCGGGUGA